AUGGUUUCUAUUAUUGUUGAGCAUCUUAGCCUCCGUCUACCCAAUAACCCAACAAAUAUAGUCACAGGCCGUACUCAUCUAUCAAUUGAUGUUAUGGAAACAAUGCAUCUUUUCCACCGCCUUCCCACUGGAGAUGUUCAUUGGAUAGUAGAUGGGAAAGAGUAUCUACGUAUUGACAGUAGAAACAAGAAGAUAAUCAAUUUAGCCAAUAACAUUCCAUCAACCACUUGGAAACUCAAAUCCAACUUAGGUGUUGCAAUAGAUCAUAGUCAUCCACCCUCUCCUCCUCCUGUUCCUACUGCUGGUGCCUCUAGCUCAUCUCAUCCCAUUCCUUUUCCUGAACACAAUUUUGCAUACUUGAACCACCGUUAUACCAGCUUACAACAGGAAGUCGGAGAAAUUUAUACGGGUGUCGCUGAAAUCACAUUGAUUUUCAGGACUACCGUAACCUGCAAGAAGAGCAUUAGGCCCAACAAGAGUUGCGGUGGGCUGAACAGGAUCAGAGAUAGGUCGCUCAAGAGCAGCACAACCGCCACAUUCAUCACCUGCUGA